UAGCAAUGAAGAUAGGCAUCCUCGGAGGAACCGGGUUAGACGAUCCCGACAUACUACUCACUAGAUCAGAACUUGUCUUUGAUAAAAGUGCUACAAGAACAGCUGCUAAUGGACUACCAGCGGACUAUGGGGAGCCCCUAGACAACCUGGUCUCUGGAGUUAUAGAAGGAGUUGAGUGUGUAAUUCUAGCGAGACAUGGCCGACAACAUCAAUGGAAUCCUAGUAAUGUCAACUACAGAGCAAACUUUCUAGCUCUUAAACAAGCAGGCUGUGACUUAGUGAUAGCUACUCACAGUGUAGGUUCGCUGGUUGAAGAAUAUAAACCUAGAGAUUUCAUUCUGCUCGACCAGGUCAUUGACAGGACACAGAAGAGAAACUUGACGUAUUAUGACAACAAGGAUACAAGUUUUAAGGGCGUGUACCAUGCUUCCUUUGGAGACCCUUACGAUACCAAACUUAGACAGGUUAUAAUAGAUUCGAGUGAAGAGCUAGGGUUUCCUCUUCACCAAACUGGAACGUGUGUAGCUAUUGAAGGACCCAGAUUCUCUUCUAGAGCUGAGAGUCUGAUGUUCAAGCAGUGGGGAGCAAAUCUAGUGGGGAUGACACAAGUCCCUGAAGCUCAGCUGGCAAAGGAGCUGAACUUGCCUUUUGUUGCUAUCGCCAUGGUUACAGAUUACGAUGCCUGGAAACAAGAUGCCAAACCUGUUACUGUUGAAGAAAUUGUCAAGACGCUGAGGAGUAACGGUGACAAGAUGAUAAAGUUUCUGAAGCGGAUAAUACCCAUGAUAGCUGCUUCUAACGAUUGGAAAGUAGAAACCAAAGCUGACGAGGGAUUGAUCACACGCCCUUUGCCAACUGAAUAAUAACCUUUUUGAGGAAAAUUAAUUUAUUAGAAUUUUGAUUUUGAACCUAAAUUGAUUGACGACCUUUAUUUUAAGAGGUUUUUAUUAUUUUUUAAGUUAUUGAUUUAUUAAUAUGAAUUUUGGCGCUGUGGGUAUAGUAUAGUAGUUUUCCAACGUUUACACCAGUAAAAUACUUCUAAUUUUAUA